GACCGGAAGCGGCUGUGGUUCUCAGCCACGGUUGAACAGUUGUUGUCAGGAGGAUCUCAGUGCUCUGUGCUGGAGGCGUUUCGCAGGGAUGCGGCCCUGGGGAGGGUUUCUUGGAGUCUCUGAGGGGAGCUCCUGGACCAGACCCCACAGUGAAGGCUGCAAGAUCUUCCUUCUGGUCCCAGAAACUCUGGUUGAGUCCACAGACCCUGCCUGUCCCUAGGCUCCUGGGAAGAGCGGAGUUGUCAGCAAAAGAGCCUGAGGCCUGAAGCCCGAGUAAACAUGCCAGCCAACCAGAGCUCUCCCCAGUGGUCCCUGGCCCUGACUGCAGGAGGAAGAGACAGCUCCUGUGAGGUCUCAGUGUCACUUGAGGAUGUGACUGUGGACUUCAGCAGGGAGGAGUGGCAGCAAUUGAACUCUACUCAGAGACGCCUGUACCAGGAGGUGAUGCUGGAGAACUACAGCCACCUGCUCUCAGUGGGGUAUGAAGUUCCCAAACCAGAGGUCAUCUUCAAGUUGGAGCAAGGAGAGGAGCCAUGGAUAUUGGAGGGAGAAACCCCACAUCAGAGUUGUUCAGAUGGGAAGUUUGGGAUUAAGAUCUCACAAAAAAGAAUUUCUGGGAAAGCUUCAUUUCAUAGUGAAAUGGAGGGUGAAGAUAUAAGAGAUGAUUCAUUGUAUUCCAUUUUAGAACUGUGGCAAGAUGCUGAACAGAUGAAAAGAUAUCAGGAAAAACACAGCAAACCUGUGAGUCAUGCUACAUUUGUAAAUAAGAAAAUAUUGAAUACGGAGUGGCAUUAUGAAUAUAAAGGCAGCAGAACAUUUGUUUAUCCAAGCCCAAAUCAUAUUAUUGCCUCACAGAAAAGACCCCAUAAAUGUGACUCAUUUGAAAAGGGUUUUAAGCAUGAUUUAGAUUUACAUAUUCAUUCUAAAAAUAAAGCAACAAAGAACGUUGAUAAAAUUAAUAGACACAGUCAAAAUUUCACCCAGAGUUCUUUUACUAACCAUGAAAGUAUGCAUACAGGAGUGAAAUUUUGUGAAUGUAAUCAGUGUGGAAAAGUCCUCAACCUCAAACAAGCACUCAGUCACAAUCUGAAGUUUCCUGUUGGGGAAAAAGGAAAUAUGUGUACUGAAUUUAGGAAGAUAUUCACCCAGAAGUCACACCUCUUUGCAUCUCAGAGAAUCCAUACCAUGGAAAAACCUCAUGAACUUAGCAAAUGUGCAAAUGUUUUUACACAAAAGCCACUACUCAGCAUAUAUUUGAGAGUUCAUAGAGAUGAAAAACUGUAUGUAUGUACUGAAUGUGGGAAGGCUUUCAUCCAGAAUUCAGAAUUAAUUAUGCAUGAGAAAACUCAUACUAGAGAAAAACCCUAUACAUGCAGUGAAUGUGGAAAAUCAUUUUUCCAGGUGUCAUCUCUACUUAGGCACCAGACAACCCAUACUGGAGAGAAACUCUAUGAAUGCAGUGAAUGUGGGAAAGGCUUCUCCCUGAACUCAGCUCUCAGUGUACAUCAGAAAAUUCAUACUGGAGAGAGACACCACAAAUGCAGUGAGUGUGGGAAAGCCUUUACCCAAAAAUCAACACUCAGGAUGCAUCAGAGAAUUCAUACAGGAGAGAGAUCCUAUAUUUGUACUGCAUGUGGGCAGGCCUUCAUCCAGAAGGCACACUUGAUUGCACAUCAAAGAAUUCAUACUGGAGAGAAGCCUUAUGAAUGCAGUGACUGUGAGAAAUCUUUCCCUUCUAAGUCACAACUCCAGAUGCAUACACGAAUUCAUACAGGAGAGAAACCCUAUAUAUGCACUGAGUGUGGGAAGGCCUUUACCAACAGGUCAAAUCUCAAUACUCACCAGAAAUCUCAUACUGGAGAGAAGUCUUAUAUAUGUGCUGAAUGUGGUAAAGCCUUCACGGACAGGUCAAAUUUCAAUAAGCACCAGACAAUUCAUACUGGAGAAAAACCCUAUGUUUGUGCUCAUUGUGGGAGGGCUUUUUUCCAGAAGUCCGAAUUAAUUACACAUCAGAGAAUUCAUACUACAGAGAAGCCUUAUAAAUGUCCUGACUGUGAGAAAUCCUUCUCUAAGAAACCACAUCUCAAAGUACAUCAACGAAUUCACACAGGAGAAAAACCAUAUAUAUGUGCAGAAUGUGGGAAAGCCUUCACUGACAGGUCAAAUUUCAAUAAACACCAGACAAUUCAUACUGGAGAAAAGCCCUAUAAAUGCAGUGACUGUGGAAAGGGCUUUACUCAGAAAUCAGUUCUGAGUAUGCAUCGCAAUAUUCAUACAUGAAAGUAACCCUGUCUCUUAAAAAUGAGAAAGCCUUAUCACAGAAGUCAGGUAUAAGGGUAUAUUAUAAAAUUCAUCCAAGACAGACCCUAUAUGAAUAUAUGGCAUAGUAAAAAGUAUUCGUCAGGCUCUCUCACUUGAGGCAAAAAAAAUUAUUUAGACGAUAUCCUCUUAGAAUGCAUUGAAUGAAGGGGAAUUUUCAUAUUUGCACAGCCUCACAAAAUACAGGGUGUCCCAAAAAUGUAUACACACUUUGAGAUAUAAUCAGUGUUUAUUAACAUACAGUUCAUCUCCAAAAUUUAAAUGAAUCUAUAGAAAUGAGUGUGUAUACAUUUUGGGGACACCCUGUAUAAUAGAAUUCAUACUAGGAAAAAUGAUGUCAGUUUAAUAUAUUAGGAGGAAAGCCUUCCUAUUGUAAAGAAAGUAUUAUAAGGCAAAUUGUUACCAAAUUCUUUACAUAUGAAGUGUGUAAAAUUAUGUAAAUGUUAGUCAUGUUUACUGUUAUAUUAAACAAUUUAAAGUGACAACAAAAUGAAAAGUAGGACAACAAAAUAACAUAUUUGAUGUGUAGACCUACUCUCAGGUCUGUAGGUUGUUUGUGGCAGAACACAAUGCACAGCAGGAGGAAUCAUUGAAGUUCAUUUUUUAAAUUUAAUAUAAUUGCAUCUAUUAAAUAUGUCUUCUAUUGAAUUUUUCUCUCACAUGAAUUCACAGUUUUAUGGUCAUUGUGAUUUUAUAUAUACACAUAUCUGAAGAUAUAAUUUUACAUGAACACACAAAUGUAAUCCUAUCAUUCAUACUGGUUCCCAUGACAUUGUGUUUUUAUCCUUUUUAAUUGUGGAACAAUGCAAAAAUGCCAAAGGUCUCUCCUGUCAUUUUUUGCCUGCUCCUUUGCAAUGUUACUCUGUUUUUUCUCUUAUUAAGAAGUAGAGCUCCCUCUCUACUCCUUGACUCUUAACUUGGCCAUGUGAUUUGUUUUGGCCACUGUACAUUAGCGAAGAGAUUCAAGAAAUGGCUGAAGAAGUGUGAAAAAAGCUUACCUUGAGGCUUACUCUCUUGCUACUCUUCAAAAUUCUAAGCCCUUCAUAUGAAGAAGCUCAGAUUACUCUACUGGGGGAUGAGAAACCAGAUGGAGCAAAGAUGAGCCAGCCUAGCUGAGGCCCUUCAGGUCAACUACCGGACAUGGGAGUGUGGCCUUCCUUGGUCUCCAGCCCCAACCAAUCCAGCCCAUAUAAGAAGAGCCAUACCAGUUAUCCCAGAGAACAUGGAGAACUGUGAGAUAAAUAAAAUAAUUAUUGUCUUAAACUGCUAAGUUUUAGGGUACUUUGUUGCACAGCAAAUGCUAAUAAUACUUAAAAGUAUAUGAUCGCCGGGGGGUGAGGGGGGGGGGGUAUUGUACCAAAACACAAGACAUGUGGCAUUGACUUUGGACCUGGAAGAAAACUGUUAAGAAAGCCUGGAAAAGAUGGCGUCCUGUGUUAUUUAGUAAAGAAAAAGCAAAACAGUCACCAUGCUCUGUGGGAAAAUAGAGAAUGUAUCAAAUGAACUUGUGGAUCUAGCUAAAUAGAUUUCCAACAGAAUGCUGGAAGUUCGUUUAUUUCUAUGAGCUCAUAUAAUAAGGUAAAAAAGGAGAUAUGAACUAAGAGAAUGACUAUUCCAUUUACAAGCAGAAUUCAGAAGAAAAAAAAAAACCCUCUACUUGCUGGGUUAGAAAAUAAUUUUCACAUCUCCAGUCUCCAAAAUACUUUCAAAGUGAAAAUGGCCCCAGGGUAGAGAUCAAGUCAUGAGUGCAGAUGUAAGACCCUUUGUAAAAAUGCAUGAAACAUUUAAGUUGGUAUUUGGGAGACCCUCUAAGCUAAGCUAAAUGGCUUCUGUAGACUUCAUGACAUCGUCCCCAGUAGCCUGACACAUUGCUCAAAGUAGAGAAAUACAAACCAGAUUCAUAGGAAACAUUUAAAGUUUUUAAUAGAGUUUUACUAGUGAAACUGCCUCCAAGCUGGACUUAAAGAGACUGAAACAAUCCAGAAUGAAAAGUGGUACCUGGACUCUCCUCUCUAGCUUCUAUGAAUAGAAAUGAAGCUGAGAAAGUUACUCGGCUGCAAACAUGGGCCAUUUCUAAUGGGAAAAGAAGGAGGUCUCAGAGAGAAGACCCAAGAACAAUAUAUUAAAAUGGACUGGGGAGCCAUUCCCAGAUGAACUGUGACCUAAUAAAAAAAAUCUACCCCUGAAGCAGGAAGACUUGAAAACAUUUGUUCUGUGGGAUUUCAAGAAUUGUUAUGGAACAGUGACAGAUAUGUGCCUCUUCUUUCUCUCCUUUUUGAAUUGGAGUGUGUAUUGCAGUUAAUUCUGUUCUUAUGUCACCAUUAUAGUGUGUGUGUGUGUGUGUGUGUGUGUGUGUGUGUGUGUGUGUGUGUUGGGGGGGUCGUUCAUAUAACUAGUUAUUUAGCUCACAGGUCUCUAGAUUAAGAAGCUGCACUCAGAGAGCCUCAGCCACUUCUGAACCUGAUACAGAAGACUUGAGGUCCUGGAUUUGAACAUGGUGCCACAAUUUGGGAUGAGACAUUUGGAGGUCUUGGAAUGGGUGAACAUAUUGUUGCAUGGUAUGGAAUGUAAAUAAAAUUAUUUUUGACCAGAAAAUAGACUAUGUUAGCUUGAAAAACACUACUAAUUUCUUGCACCCCUACAUCUAUGCCCCCUUGUAAUCUUUAUUUCUCUUUGUGUUUUAGUUGGGAUAAUUUCUAUUAACCUAUCAUCAAGUUCACUGAUUCUAACCCCUGUCCUGGCUCUGUUAAGUCUACUGGGUGAGCUCAUUGAAGGCAUUCUUCAUCUCAGUUAUGUUAUCUGCUGAAAUUUCCCAUCUGUUCAUGUGUUGUUCACAUUUUCCACUAUUUUCUUUAACAUAUUAAAUCAUCGUUAUUUUAAUUUCCUGUUUGAUAAUUCCAACAACUGUGUCACCUGAGUCUGACUCUGUUGAUUGCUUUGUCUCUUGACAGAGUACCACAAACUAGGUGGCUUAAAAAAACAGAAAUUUAUUGUCUCACAGUUUGGGAGGCCAGAAGUCUGAAAUCAAGGUGUCAGGAACUGUUAGCUGCAUCUCUUCAAGUUUUCAGUAGCCUCAGGCAUUUCUUGGCUUGUAGAUGCAUUACUUCUGUCACAUGGUCAUUUUCUCCCUAUGUGUCUUCACAUCGUGUUCCCUCUCUGUGUCUGUCUGUGUUCGACUUCCCCCUUUUUAUAAGGAUACCAGUCACAUUAGAUUAGGCCCACCCUAAUGGCGAUAUUUUAAUUUGAUUACUCUGCAAAGAUUUCCUUUCCUAAUAAGGUCAUAUUCUGAUGUACUGGGGGUUAGGAUUUUGACAUAUCUUUUGUGGGGGGACAUAAUUCAACCCAUAUAAUAAAUUAAUACAUUUAUCUGUAUAAAGUACUUAGAACUAUGUAUGGAAAGAAGUUCUUGAUGAAUAUUAGAUACAUCCCACUUCCUGAGGCUGCCUAGGUCCCCCUACAACUCUCUGUACUUGGGCAGGAUUUGAGACCUUUGUUUGUGGUAUCUUAACCUCAUCCAACCACCUAAAGAAAAUGUUUGGAAUAACAGGAAAAGCAGGCCUAGUACCAAGACUUGUGCUACUAACAUUUGAGAAGAAUUUAUUUAUAGAGGAUAGUGGGAAGGAGCAGCCAGAGGUUCAUUUAUAUGAGGAUGGAAAACUGGUUCUUGGAUUUUGUGACAAGGAGAUCAGUGUAGACUUUGGUGAACAUUAUUUAAGUGAACUUAACUAAAGAAAACAACAGCAAAGUUGAAGGUAUUUCUGAGCUCAGGUAGUUACUUCACCAUCAAACUUUUCUGAUAGAAAAAAUAUUAGGUAUUGCUCUAUUGAAAAUGUGUUUUCUAGAAUCCUGUUGGACUCCAGGUUAGAGUUGUCCAAAAGUAGAAAUUGCAAGAGAUUUAAGAGGUCACAGUGAAGGAGCAAACAUCAUUACUCUAAAAGUUUAAGAUUAGAUUCAGGGCUACAGAUACGGGGUACCUAGAAGGUUUUAAUUCUUCCUCACUCUCUUCCACUCUAUUCAGCCCUUCUUUGCAUCUCCCAGUCUGCUGACCAACAGUGGCCCAGGCCUACCACCAGAUGCUUGGCUAAAGACCCACAAAGGCAAAGGCUUUUCUUAGACUUCUCCAUUAGCUCCCCAUUAAUAAUCUCACAUCAGCAGCUGGAUGUGCCUGGCUUCUAAGAGUUUCCUGCAAACUCUGACUUAUCUAUUCAUGCCAGUGUUUCUCCCAACUCCCCCGUCCAUACCUUAACUUCCUCAGCUACUCCCACAUUUGUGUAUGGCUCAAUUCAUGUAAAAAUUCCUUAUUCCAUAAUACUCAUAGUGAAUCCACUUAAUUGAACCCUGAUUGUUAAUGUUAUACUUUCUUUUCCUGAGAACUUGGUAAAUGUUUCUCUUCUAAAAUUUAGUGAUGCUACUGAGAAUUCUUAGACUAAACUGCUCUUUUUUUCCUUGUACCUUUCUGCCACAUUCUUUCUUUAUGCUUGAAAUUAGGGAUCUUUAAAAACAUAUGCUUUGGUCUUUAUUUUUGUUAAUUUGAUUUUACCUUGGUUACAGUAAACUGUACCAAUCAUGAUUGAAGCCUUUUAUUUCAGGGAAGUUUUAUUUUGCUGAACUUUUUUUCUGAUCUAUUUUCCUCUUCAGGACAUCAAUUAUGUAUAUGUAAUAUGUCUUUGUCACCUUCUAUAUCCAUUUAAUAUUACUCAAUAUUUGUUUCAUAUCAUUCUUUUUAAAAAUAUAUAUUUUUAUUGAUUUCAGAGAUGAAGGGAGAGAGAGAGAGAGAAAUAGAAACAUCAAUGAUGAGAGAGAAGAACUGAU